ACGCAGAGAAAUUCCUCCGCUCUUCGCAGUGUGUGAAUCAGUCAGUAAAGCAGAGUGCGGUGAAGUUGUCACCUCGUCAGUCAGUCCGCCAGCCAGAAAACAGGAAUCGAUCGGUCACGAAUAAUAAAAACAGCGCAGUUCACAGUAUUUAGUGAAAAAAAUAGUAUUUGUGGUGAAUUCGCGUUUAUUAAACAGUUCUAAAGUUCAUUCAUUCGGCGGUGAAGAUGAGAGAAAUAGUGCAUCUGCAAGUGGGUCAGUGCGGAAACCAGAUUGGAUCGAAGUUCUGGGAAACCAUAUCCGACGAACAUGGCAUCAAUCCUACCGGCCACUAUGAAGGUAAUAACGACCUUCAGUUGGAGCGCAUCGACGUGUACUAUUCAGAGGCCAACGGAUACCGAUACGUGCCGCGUGCCGUUCUGGUAGAUUUGGAACCAGGUACCAUGGAUUCGGUUCGACAGUCACACUAUGGAAAUAUAUUCAGGCCGGACAAUUUUGUAUUUGCGCAAUCAGGAGCCGGCAACAACUGGGCCAAGGGUCACUAUACAGAGGGCGCCGAAUUGGUCGAAACCGUUCUGGACGUAGUGCGGAGGGAGGCUGAAACCUGCGACUGCUUACAAGGUUUUCAACUGGCACACUCUCUUGGCGGCGGAAGCGGAUCCGGAAUGGGCACAUUGCUGGUUUCGAAAAUCCGGGAGGAAUAUCCUGAUCGGAUUAUCAACACAUUUUCCGUCUACCCGUCACCCAAGGUUUCGGACACAGUCGUUGAACCGUACAAUGCCGUUUUGUCCAUUCAUCAACUUGUAGAAAAUACAGAUGGCACAUUCUGUAUCGAUAAUGAAGCUUUAUACGACAUUUGUUUCCGGACGUUAAAACUUGGUUCGCCAACCUACGGAGAUUUGAACCAUCUGGUUUCGCUCACCAUGUCCGGUGUGACAACGUGUUUCCGGUUCCCAGGCCAACUGAAUGCGGACCUGCGUAAACUAGCCGUCAAUAUGGUUCCGUUCCCGCGACUACACUUCUUCAUGCCCGGUUUCGCGCCUCUUACAGCCAAGAAUUCCAGGCAGUAUCGUGUGGAAAGCGUAGCCGAACUGACCGCCCAGAUGUUCGAUGCGAAAAACAUGAUGACGGCGUGCGAUCCUCGUCAUGGCCGUUACCUAACCUGUGCUACCAUCUUCCGAGGUCUUGUCUCGAUGAAGGAGGUCGACCAACAGAUGAUGAACGUUCAGAGCAAGAACAACAGCUAUUUCGUGGAGUGGAUUCCGAACAACGUGAAGGUGGCCGUUUGCGAUAUUCCACCACGUGGGCUCAAGAUGUCGGCGACGUUCAUCGGCAACACGACGGCCAUCCAGGAGAUCUUCAAGCGCAUCUCCGAACAGUUCACGGCCAUGUUCCGACGGAAGGCUUUUCUGCAUUGGUAUACCGGCGAAGGUAUGGACGAGAUGGAGUUUUCCGAGGCAGAAUCGAAUAUGAACGAUCUGAUAUCCGAGUAUCAACAGUACCAGGAAGCUGCGGUGGACGAUUACGAGGAGCAUGAAUAUGACAAUGAAGAGGAGCUUCAAGAAUAAUACCAGUGAUCGAAGUAGUAGAAUAGGACUCAGCUGCAUUUUUUCUAAAUGUGUUCAGCUAGAAACUGCUUUUUUAUUAACAGCUGCAACUAUUUGAUUGCAUCAAUUUUAAUAUUCUGUUGUCUAAUUUAUUUGACUAUAGUUUUUAAAGUUAAGUAAUUAAAAAAGUUUAAAUACUGUUAGUAGAGGUCAAAAUAAAUCAUCGUUUUGAAGCACAAUA